AUGGCAGGUCCCCAUACAUACGGGCACGCCGUCAUUGCGGCGGUAAGACCCGUUAUGGAGGAUUGGCUCGAGAGGCGUCACGGGACCCUCUCAUACCGAUUGACGCAGGUGAUCACUGGGAAGGGAUGUUUCGGAGAUCACCUGUGUCUGAUCCGCAAGGAGCCAACGCCUGAGUGCCACCACUGCGAUGGCCAGACCGUGGACACGGCUCUCCACACGCUGGCAGAGUGCCCGGCGUUGGUUGAGCAGAGGCGAGACCUCGUGGCGGCCAUCGGAGUGGGAGUUCUCUCGCUCGAUAGCCUGAUUGCGGCUAUCGUGCGGAGCGAGAGUGCGUGGAACUCUGCCGUCUCCUUCUGCGAGCAAGUUAUGCUCGCGAAGGAGACGGCGGAGCGGGACCGGGAGAGGUUUAGAACUCUCCCGGCCCGCCAGGCCCGGGCACGGGCCAGGCAGCGCAGGCGACUCAGGCGCCGGAGGUCGCAGAACGACCUCCGUCCUCCAUAA